AUGGUUCCCACAAAUAAGUACCUACUACACAAUCAGAACUACUACUGUUUUAUACUGUCAUGUAAAUUCUUCAUCGCGUACAAGAUCGUGACAAGAUUCAUGUACAAUCAUUUGCCUACAGGUCUAUCCUUCAACCAAGAACUGGUGCCUACACAAAUUUAUACAAACCUCACAUUAGAUCAGAUAGCUUAUAUCAAAAGCAAUUGCCAUGAGUCUCACCAAAUCGGGGAAGGAAGCUUUGCACGAGUUUGUCGGUGGAUAUUCCAGGGUAAAGAUUUGGCAAUAAACAAGUUCUAUGCUUGGUGUAUAGAAGCCCAUAAAUCCUACUUGGCCUUCAUGUAUAUAGAUGGAUGUACUCUGGAUGACUAUUUGAGAGGAAAUUGUAUAGGUUCUACCUACAGCUGGAAGAAGAGCUUCCGAAUGAUAAUGGGUAUAGCCAAGGGAAUUGAAUUUUUACACCUGAAUAAGAUCAUUCAUGUUGAUAUCAAGCCGCAGAAUAUUAUGGUGGACGCUAAAGAUGACGAGGCAAAGCUUGUUGAUUUUGGGUUUUCUAGGCAUGUGGAUUGGGAAGGCACACACCAGUCAACUGAUAAAAUAAUAGGUACUAAAGGCUAUUGGGCUCCAGACUAUUGCUGGAAUAACAAGCUUUCUUAUAAACAUGAUGUUUAUAGCUUUGGAAUUGUUGUAUUGGAGAUAAUAACAGGUCAGAAGCAUGUUGAUCAAGCAAGAAGUUCCAGUCAGUUCCAUAUUCCAGGAUACGUAAGGCACAUGAUAGAGAACAACCGUUUUGAAGAAACUGUAGACACUAAACUUAAACAGGAUGGGUGGGACAUCUUUGUUUUAGGGGAAGCAUUCACUGUUGCAAACAUAACCCUCAGAUGUGCUCAUCCUGAUAAGGCCGGAAGACCCGAUAUGAAUCUUGUGGUCACAGAACUCAAUUCGAUGGUGAGCAGCGCCUACAACCAUAUUAGUCUAUGAGAGGAAGAAGAAGAAAUUGCAAUCUUAAAGUCCAUAUGAAACUAGUAGACAUGCAGGUUUCUGCCUAACUUACUGUUCCUUGGUUGUUGAUUGUUUUAAUGGAAUAUUUUGUCUUCUAUGUAUAAGACCUCGGAGCAAAAUAU